AUGCCGCGGCUUUUCUACUGUCUGCUGUGGCUCCUGCUGCUUGGAUUCUCUCUUGAGCAGGACGACAUCCGGAAGUCCAAGAAGCUAUGCGGCAGGCAUCUGCUGAAAGAAAUAGUAAAACUCUGUGGCCAAGAGGACUGGAGCCGGUUCGGGGAGGAAACCCCCUUCACUCAGCUGAUUUCUCAAGCUGCAGAGAAGGUUGCAGCUUUCCUUCCCGACGAGUUCAAAAGCCCUAUUGCAAUUACAACCCCUUCCCCAGUCCCGGGGACAGAUCCAAAUCCAGACUCUACUGCUGCCUCUCUGGAAAAAACAAUAAACAUUGUGGAGAUGCCAUCACUGCCUGAAUAUCAGUCUAAAAAAGCCAACUCGCCACCUGCUAAUACAAGAGAAUUUCCCUCAUUACAUGAUAUCAAUUCAUAUAUUCAAGAGAUUGUGGAAUUUCAGAAGAAAAAUACAAAAAAAAUUAAAACCUUAAGCAGUUUGUUUUGGGGGAAUCAUCCCCAAAGAAAACGCAGAGGAUAUUCAGAAAAGUGUUGUCUUGAAGGAUGUACAAAAGGAGAACUUAGCAUUGCAUGCAUUCCAUAUAUUAAUUUUAAAAAAGUAAAGAAGAAAAUAAGACCAAUUGUGACUUAUACUAACAAUCAUAGGAAUUAUACUAACUUAAUAAAAGCUUAA